AUGGAAUAUUUCAAUCCUCUUAACCUCAGAACAGCAGAGAAUGUGUUUUCUGUUGGUGUUAGAGGUGGAACAUCUAUUGUUCCUCCUAUUAUCCAAGGACAUCAAUCUAGGUCAACUGAGCAACUACACAAGGAACUUGAAGACACAACUGCUGUUUGUACUGGGAAAAUAGCCACAGAAGAUAAACUUGAUCUGAUAUUGGAAGAGAUCAGAAAUCAAAAAUCAGAUAUCAAAGUAUUAUCAGAAACUAUCAAAGUUGUGCAGAAGCAAACAGAAGACAACACUGCAGCCCUCAACAAACUACAAGAAUCAUCAGAAAACAGAGAGAGCUCAUUAGAAUUCAAGAAAGCUCUCAAAGAACUGCAAGAAAUCAAGAAACAGAUGGCUAAGGUUGCAAGUGCAGGGGAAAGCUCAAAUUCAGGAAGAAUCCUUGAAGAAAUUCAGUUCCUCAUAGCCAACAACAGUAGCAUGGCUGAGGCUUUUGAGAAGCUGAUGAGGUUGCAGUACAAUGUUGCAAGAGUGGCAAAAGUUGAUUUUCAUGAACUGAUAGCUCCAAUUCCACAUGAAAAACUAGCAGGAGAGUCAGAAACUCCUCAACAACAAUUCAAACAACCAGAAAUCACUCAACAAGAUCAAAGCAAACAAUCAGAAACUCCAAAACAGAAGCAGCCCAUGGGUCCUCCUCUUAGUAAGCCAAAGUUACUCAUGGGUCCUCCACCAAACAUUCCAAAGCCAGAUACUUCAAGGGUCCAACAGAAAGAACCUGUUCCAGUUCAAACAUCUUCCACAGCUCUCACAGGAGAAACAAAAUUCAGCAUAAAGAUGGAUACAAAAGAGAAGAGAAGAAUGGAACAUGAAGUAACCUCUUCAAAAAGGCCAAGAUGA